AUGACUGAAGUCAAAGACACCGUCCAGGUAGCUGUUCGAAACACCUCAGACGACAUCUCCUCGAAGAACGUACCCGCAGCCGCAGCUGGAGAAAACAACUCUUCAAAUGGCUCCAAAACAACAAGCUGGUGGCGCCAUGCUGUCGGAUAUAUCUGGGACACCGUUGAGGGCGAUCCUGAAAACCGCCGCUAUGUGACAAGACUGGACCGAAUUUUCUUCCCUACGGUGUUGUUGGGAUACUUCAUCAAGUAUCUCGACCAGACAAACUACAGCAACGCGUUUGUCAGCGGGAUGAAAGAAGACCUACAUCUGUACGGCAACGAGAGGAACUGGCUGAAUACGUGGUUCAGCCUGGGCAUCAUGAUUGGCAGCGUACCGGCACAGAUGUCGCAGCUGAGCUUGGUGCGAUCGUCCAUUCUGAUACCGACUUGUGAGUUGUGUUGGUCGGCGCUCACCAUUGGCAUGGCUUUUACCAGUAGUAUCAAGACUAUGUACGUGCUCCGCUUUUUCAUCGGAAUCUUCGAGGCGUGUUCUUUUCCAGGAUACAUCGCCAUGCUGGGCAGCUGGUACGGUCCCAAAGAGCUUACCAAGCGACUGGCAAUCCUUCUCCAGGUCGAAUCCAUGGCGAGCAUGUUCAGCGGAUACCUCCAGGGAGGUCUUCACUCGAGCAUGAACGGACGUCAUGGUCUGGCUGGCUGGCGUUGGCUGUUCGUCAUGGACGCCGUUAUCAGUCUUCCCAUUGCGAUCUGGGGAUUCUUCGGCCUGCCCGACCGUCCACACAACACGAGAGCGUUCUACUUCUCGCCCGAACACGUCAAGUACGGGAUUGAGAGGAUUGAGAAAUUCGGCCAGACGGAGCAGACCAAGUUGACCUGGAAAGAGGCGAAGAGGGUUUUCUCAAGCUGGAAGAUUUGGGUCUUCGUCGUUUCCUAUACCAUGGUAGCAGCAUGCCACACCGCGACCAGCUACUUCAACCUAUGGCUCAAGGCAUCCGGCUACAGCGUCGAGAAGACCAACUACCUGCCAACAGGCGGCAACGCCCUCAACAUAGUCUUCACCGUAACCUGCGGCAUCAUCGCCGACCGCACGGGAGCAAACUACGGGAUGAUCGUCAUAAUCCAGCUGCUCAUGAUAUUCUCCAACAUUCUACUAUCCGUUUGGCACAUUCCGAAGAGCGCCCUCAUGUUCGCAUACUACCUCUCGUACUGCGGCUCAGCAGCAACUCCAAUCCUCAUCAGCUGGGCCACGCGUCUCAAUGCUGCGGACGCAAGCGUGAGACAGCUGCUGGUCGCGACCGCGAACGUUGUUUCGUACGCAUGGGUGCUCUGGGUGCCGCUCGUCCUUUUCCCCACCUACGAUGCGCCCAAGUAUAAGUACGGAUACCAGAUUCUGAUACUAUUUGGCGGGUGGGCCAUCGCCAGCGUGACUGUAAUGUGGUACGCUUACAGGCGGAGAGAGGCGAAGCAGGCGAGGAGCGGAGAGGAGAAAGGCGUGCGGGAGCGAGAAGAGUUGGAGGGAGCGAAGCUAUAG